AUGACUUCUUUGUCUGCUGGGGUCACUGGUGUGAUCAAGUUCAAUGGUCUUAACUAUGCUGAUUGGUCGGAACAGAUUCAGUUUCAACUGGGUUAUAUGGAUUUAGACCUAGCAAUAGUUACAGACGAAAAGCCUGCAGCCAUUACUGAGACCAGUACAGAUGAUGACAAGUCUUAUUAUGAGGCUUGGGUAAGGUCUAACAGGCUGUGUUUGAACUUGAUGAGAAUGACAAUGGCUGAAAAUGUUAAGCCAUCCAUGCCCAAAACAGACAAUGCAAGGGAAUUUAUGGCAAAAGUUAAGGAGUACUCACAAUCAGACAUAACUGACAAGUCCAUUGUGGGAACUCUAAUGAGUGAGUUGACGACCAAAAGGUUUGAUUGGUCUCAACCCAUUCAUGAUCAUGUGACUAGCAUGGCAAAUCUGGCAGCAAAGCUGAAGUCCAUGGGUAUGGAUGUAAGAAAUUAA